CUUCUGUUGUUAUUGACGUCACAUGCAGACACGCGCAGAAGAGCCUCAUUGCUUUUCUCCACAUUCCUUCACAGCCUGUCAGUCAGCGCUAAGCCCCGCCCCCUGAUGACUGACAGGCCGUCCAGCCAGACAUGUCAUGUGGUGGGCGGGGUCUUAUGUGUAGUGGGUAGGGCUUGAGGAAGUGGGCGGGGCCUGAAAGUUUGAGCUUUUGUCUGAAGUGUGGAUGUUCGGUGUAAACUGGGAGCGCUGGGAGCACUGGGAGCUCUGGAGGCCUCACCUGUGUGUUUACCUGUCCGUUUCCCCCUUCAGCACCUCCGAGUCCAACACCGACUCCUCUCCGCCCGCCAGGCCGCCCCUCGGAGCUCCUCUCUCGGCCUGGAAGGCAGCCUCGCCCCGCUGCUGGAGGACACCGAAACGGACAGCGGCUCCAUGUCCGGGGCCUGCGCCCCUCCGACCGGAUCUCUGCGGCCUUUUCCUCACUCUGCCCCGGCUCCGAUGACGACAGGCAUCAGGGAUCGAUAGCGGUGAUCGGCUCGGCUCGGGUCCGCUCGGGUCUGGAUUGGGGGGUUCCGGGAGGAGUCAUGGAGGGAGCCCCGGGAAGAGCCUCCUCCUCCUCCGGGCUGCAGCUGCUGCUCCUCCCGCUGCUGCUGCUGAGCUGCUGCUGGGCCGAGGAGGAGGUUCUGAUGAACACCAAACUGGAGACGUCGGAGCUUAGAUGGACCAACUAUCCAGCUGACGAUCCACAGUGGGAUGAAGUGAGCGGCUUCGACGACGAGAAGAACAGCGUCCGGAUCAAUGAGAUCUGUACGCCCAACAGCCCGACCUCCUAUUGGCUGAGAACCCGCUGGAUCCCACGGAGGGCGGCGACCACGAUCUACGUCGAGAUCCGGUUUACGAUGGUGGAAUGUUCCGGUCUAAACCAGCGGCACUGUAAGGAGACCUUCAUCCUGUACUCCUACCAGUCUGACAGUGACGAGGCCACGCCCACUCACCCCGCCUGGAUGGAGAACCCGUAUGUGAAGGUGGCCACGGUGGCCGCUGACCACCUGCGUCAGAAAGGCAGCCGGGAGGGCCGGUCCAACACCAAGGUGCUGCGUCUGGAGGGUCUGCGGGGGGCAGGUCUUUACCUGGCCUUCAGCUCUCAGGGCGCCUGCAUGGCGCUGUUGGCCGUACGCGUCUUCUACAGGAAGUGCUCACCGCUCCGCCGAGCCUUCGCCUCCUUCACAGAAACCGUCCCCCACUCACUGGUGGAGCAGGCUCAGGGUGUGUGUGUGGAGAACGCCGUGACUCCUCCUGGCGAGCACUCCCGACCUCCCAGCAUGCUUUGCGGCGAGGACGGGCAGUGGGUGGGGCAGCCGGCGUCCAGCUGCGCCUGUCGUCCCGGAUACGAGGCGGCCGACGGAGACCAGCGCUGCAGAGCCUGUCCUUCAGGUCAGUUUAAGGCGGGUUCUGGUACCACCGGCUGCACCUCCUGCCCCGACAAGAGCAGCACCUUGGUCCCAGGCUCCGCCUACUGCCCCUGUCACCAUGGAUACCACCGAGCCGACUCCGACCCGCCGCACGCCACCUGCACCAGACCUCCAUCGGCCCCUCGUUCCCCCGUCAGUCAGAUCAACGACACCUCGGUGACCCUGGAGUGGACCGAACCGCUGGACCGUGGAGGACGAGGAGACCUCAGUUACCGGGUCCUGUGCUCCACCUGCGGGACCAGUAACACACCAGGAUUGGUCAGUUCCUGCUCCCCGUGUGAUGACAGCGUCCUCUACCGUCCGGAGCAACGAGGUCUGCCUCAGCGCCGUGUCAUUGUCUGGGGGCUCCGCCCACACACCAAGUACAUCUUCACCAUCCAAUCACUGAACGGCGUCUCUGCUGUCAGCCAAUCAGAGCCGGCCUCGGCCAGAGUCAACGUCACCACGAGCAGAGACGGUCCUCCUGCAGUCUCUGGUCUCAGCAGAGCAGCAGCUUCAGAAUCCAGUCUGACUCUAGAGUGGAACGUUCCAGUUCUACAGAACCAGAACCAGGUCCUGGACUACCAGCUGCGUUACUGCCUGAAGGACGGCGAGGGGGCGGGACAGUGGCAGUACGUGUCCAGCAGGUCUCCUUCUGUGGUUCUGACGGAGCUGCAGAGGGCCACCUGGUACCAGGUCCAGGUCCGAGCUCGGUCCCAGACUGGAUACGGAGCCUUCAGCACUGCCAGCAGCUUCAACACACUGCCAGACGGUGAGGGUCCAUCUCACCUGGUAGUAACCGGAGUUCUGGUCUCCAUGGUGAUACUGGUGCUCGCCGCCGUGGUGACGGUCGCUGUGUACUUUUACCGGAGGAGGACUGCUUCGACCAUCAGUGAUAAGAGUGGACACUACCAGAUGGGACAGACGAUGAAGGUGUACAUCGACCCGUUCACCUACGAGGACCCCAACGAGGCUGUGAGGGAGUUCGCCAAGGAGAUCGACGCCUCCUUUGUGAAGAUUGAGGAGGUGAUUGGAGCAGGUGAGUUUGGUGAGGUGUGCCGUGGUCGUCUGAGGAUCCCCGGCAGGAAGGAGAACUACGUGGCCAUCAAGACCCUGAAGGGCGGCUACACGGACAAGCAGAGGCGGGACUUCCUGUCGGAGGCGUCCAUCAUGGGUCAGUUCCAGCACCCCAACAUCAUUCACCUGGAGGGCGUCAUCACCACUUCCUGUCCCGUCAUGAUCCUCACCGAGUUCAUGGAGAACGGAGCCCUGGACAGCUUCCUGAGGGUGAAUGACGGCCAGUUCACCACCAUCCAGCUGGUGGGGAUGCUGCGUGGGAUCGCUGCAGGUAUGAAGUAUCUGUCUGAGAUGAGCUUCGUCCACAGAGACCUGGCAGCUCGGAACAUCCUGGUCAACUCCAACCUGGUCUGUAAGGUGUCAGAUUUUGGUCUCAGCAGGUUCCUGACUGAGAACUCGUCCGACCCGACCUACACCAGCUCUCUGGGAGGGAAGAUUCCGAUCCGGUGGACGGCUCCUGAAGCCAUCGCCUACAGGAAGUUCACGUCUUCCAGCGACGCCUGGAGCUACGGCAUCGUCAUGUGGGAGGUGAUGUCCUAUGGAGAACGUCCAUACUGGGACAUGAGCAACCAGGACGUGAUCAACGCCAUUGAGCAGGACUACCGGCUGCCCCCGCCCCCCGACUGCCCCGCCUCCCUUCAUGUCCUCAUGCUGGACUGCUGGCAGAAGGAACGAGCCAAUCGGCCCAGGUUCUGCAACGUGGUGGCGGCGCUCGAUAGGCUGAUCCGAAACCCUGCCUCCCUGAAGGUGACGCACCCGGAGGAGCCCAGCCCGUCCCAGCCUCUGCUGGACCAGAGGGUUCCUCCUCCCCUGUCGGCCUGUGCUUCGGUCUCUGACUGGCUUCGAGCCAUAAAGAUGGAGCGCUACGAGCAGAGCUUCCUGCAGGCCGGAUUCAGCAACCUGGACAUCGUGUCUCAGCUCAACACCGAAGACCUGCUCAGAGUGGGCGUGACCCUGGCAGGACACCAGAAGAAGAUGCUCUCGUCCAUCCAGACACUCAGGAUACACAAAGCUCCGCCCACUCUGCUCUACUGACCAAUCACAGCCCAGCAGACCUCUCUAUGACCACUUCACUCUGAUCCACCAAUGGGAAGACACCUGAGAGACUCCGCCUCCUCGUGUUCCAAUCAGAGCCCAGAGUUAAAGAAGCACAAUAACUUUAUACUUCCUGUUUGACUCAACAACAAGACUCCGCCUACCUACAUAUCUGACCAAUCAGCUGGAGAUCCACCAAACCACACCAGCCAAUCCACUGCUCAGGAAACUCUAAGCCCCACCUCCCUUUAGUCCACACCAGCAGCCAUUGGCCAAUCAAACAGCGAGAACAUUGGAGGACGUUGUUCUCCUUUGGAUUUAUUUCCCGCCUGUUCUAGAGAAGCCCCGCCCACUGCAGGAAGCUUAGCAGGAAUUGGUUCACAGCAGGAAGCCUGAAAACAGACGUACCAGCUGAUUGGCGGCUGAGUUCUGGGUUCUGUUACAUCUGGAAGACGGAGAACCCCUUAUAGACAAACAGAACCCUUUAAAGUUCUGAAAAGAACCACAGGAACCGACAGACUCUUCAGAACCGACCCAGCAGAGCCGUGAUGUUCUCUGUCAGGAACGUUCUGGGAUUUAGGUUUUUUGGACCAUUGAAAGAACAUCGUGGAUUAAAUUUCGUACAACAGACGUUCUCCAUGGGUUUCAGGAUUGGUGAGUUCCUCUGAAGGUUCUGAACAGAUUUAAGUUCUACUGCAGCUUCAGGAUCUUUGUAGUCUGUGAGGAGCGUUCUGGUGGACCUUCAGAGGAAACCUUGGAGAACACUACCUGAGGUUUCAUGGGGACAUUAGAACGUCUUUACGUUCUAUGCAGAUGGAUGUGGUUCUGCUGCAGCUGAAGGUUCCGUCACACAGCAGAACCCUCAGAAAACUGCGGUCUGGCUCCUGCCUUAUAUAGGUUGUAAAAUGACUCGAGUGUAUUUUAUGGGUUCUCAGAGGUUCCACACUGAGAGAUCUAGAACGUUUUUUUAAACCUUUGAGUCACAUUUAACCUAGAACCUGAUUCCAACAGUAUCGUCAUCAAAACGUCCCACAUAGACUCCAGCACAGAACACUAACCCAACCCUACCAGAACCUCACUGACGUCUGUAGAUCCCUGAGUGUGGAACCCUUUAGAACUGCUUUUAUAUUCUAGCACUUUUUUGUACUGAUACCAGAUUAAAGUUUUUAUACUAAACUUCCAUGUCAGAAAUAAACGACUUUUUGUAAAGAAAACAGUGUGUGACGUGUUCUAAGUCUGGACGCCGUGUGGAACCAAGGAGGGUCAGAACCGAGAUCCUGGAUCAGUCAGUCCAUUAGAACCCAGUCGACCAACCAGAACACACUCAGAGUCUCUGUUCAGGUUCUUCUGUCUUAGAACCACGAGUCUUCUGGUAAAGACGAGUCACCAACCUGCUGAAGGUUCCUUCUCCUGGUUGGGUUCAAAGUUCUGGUUCUGAGGUUCAGAAACGUCCGGUUACUUCAAACAUGACUGAAGCAACUUUAAGACAAAAACACAAAGUUUAGCUCCGCCUCAGAGAGCACGUCACCAUAGCAACCCUCAGAACAAGUCAGCUCCACUUAGCGUGACUCCACCGAUUCGGUUUGGUUCUACCGGACUCGCUAGAGCUCUUCUAGACCGGACCUGGUUGGAAUCAAGUUGAAACAACCUAUUCUAGAACCUGGACCCCAGGAUACUCUGAUACCUUGCUGGUGUUGACAUACUGUGGUAGUACUGUGGUACUAGUACAGUAUGGCAGUACUACAGAACUGGACCUGAUCAAUACCCAGCUCUGAUCAGAACUUCCUACAGAGUCUGUACUGGUUAGAGGCUCAAACCAGUUAGAGGUUGACAUCACUAUGUUCUGAAGAUCACAGCAGCUUCUGUUAACAUGAAGUUCUGCUCAGAGUGUUUAUGUCUUAGAACAUCUACAAAGUCAUUAAGAAACAGAGAACCGGUGGAACCCUGAACCUGAAUAACUACAGAAACCCCUCAGUGAUUACUACCAUCUGGUUCCUCUGGGUUCCUGCAGGUCAGCUGUUCUGAGAACCUUCCAUGUUCUGUAACUGAUCAUCUUUAGGAUUGAUCCAUUAGUACUAAUAAACAUGUUCACAGUUC